AUGGAGACUGCCAGGUGUUGGUUCAAAAAGUUAUUCCAUUUCAAAGAGAAACCCAAGCCUCCGAGCAAGAAAAAGGAACCUAAAAUUAAUGGGAAGGAAGGGUCAAAAAUGCCGGUGCAUGAGGAAACACCUUCAAAUGCAACUAAGCAGAAGGUUGAGGCUGCGAAGCAGUAUAUAGAGAAACAUUACAAGGAGCAGAUGAGGAGCCUUCAAGAGCGGAGGGAGAGGCGUUAUUCGCUUGAAAAGAAAUUGGCUGAUGCCGAGGUCUCCGAGGAAGAGCAAAACAAUAUAUUGAAGUACCUGGAAAAAAAGGAAACAGAAUAUAUGCGCCUUCAGAGGCAUAAAAUGGGUGCUGAUGAUUUUGAGCCAUUAACAAUGAUAGGAAAGGGUGCAUUUGGGGAGGUUAGAGUAUGUCGGGAGAAGUCAACUGGUCACAUAUAUGCAAUGAAAAAGCUUAAGAAGUCAGAGAUGCUUCGCAGAGGCCAGGUUGAGCAUGUUAAGGCAGAAAGGAAUCUACUUGCAGAAGUUGAUAGCAAUUGCAUUGUCAAACUUUAUUGUUCUUUCCAAGACGAGGAGUAUCUUUAUCUUAUAAUGGAAUAUCUCCCUGGUGGGGAUAUGAUGACUUUGCUUAUGCGUAAGGAUAUAUUAACUGAGGAGGAUGCCAAGUUUUACGUUGGAGAAACAGUGCUUGCCAUUGAAUCUAUCCACAAACAUAAUUACAUUCAUAGAGAUAUCAAGCCUGAUAACUUGCUUCUUGAUAGAAAUGGACACAUGAAAUUGUCAGAUUUUGGAUUAUGUAAACCGUUGGACUGCACCAAUAUUCAAGAAAAGGAUUUCUCAGUAGGAAAUAACUACAGUGGUGCUCUACAAAGUGAUGGCCGUCCUGCAGCACCAAGGCGUACUCAACAAGAGCAACUGCAGCAUUGGCAGAGGAACAGGAGGAUGCUUGCCUAUUCGACUGUUGGGACACCUGAUUAUAUUGCUCCUGAAGUUCUGCUGAAGAAAGGAUAUGGGAUGGAAUGUGAUUGGUGGUCUCUAGGGGCUAUCAUGUACGAAAUGCUUGUGGGGUAUCCGCCUUUCUAUUCAGAUGAACCUAUGUCUACUUGCAGAAAGAUAGUGAACUGGAGAACUCAUUUAAAAUUUCCCGAAGAGGCAAAGCUAUCCCCAGAAGCAAAAGAUCUCAUCUGUAAACUCUUAUGUAAUGUUGAGCAAAGGCUUGGAACAAGAGGCUCUAAUGAAAUUAAGGCUCACCCAUGGUUCAAAGGCAUUGAAUGGGGCACGUUAUAUCAGAUCAAAGCUGCGUUUAUUCCAGAAGUUAAUGACGAGUUGGAUACGCAAAAUUUUGAAAAGUUUGAAGAGUCAGAGAAUCAAAUUCCGAUUACUACAAAAUCUGGCCCCUGGAGAAAGAUGCUUUCAUCUAAAGAUGUCAACUUUAUGGGUUACACAUACAAGAACUUUGAAAUUGUGAAUGACCAUGAAGUUCCUGGGAUAGCUGAACUGAAGAAGAAAAGCACCAAACCUAAGAGACCUACCGUGAAGUCCCUUUUCAAUGAAGAAUCAAAUUCUGCUAAUGGAACAGAAAAGCAGACGAGAUUUGAUAUUCUUUUAGGUUUGUUGGCCUGCUUUCAUCUGAAUGUAUUCAGAAAUGUAAGCAUUGAUGAUGAAGGUGGUUUUGCAGCUGUAGAGACCGCGAUUCAUUGCUUGAUGUAUUUUUCAUCUCAGUACUGA